AGUACAUUCUAAAAUUUAAAACGUAACUUAAAAAGUUUAUGAAAAAAAUUUUAAAUUCAGGAUGUAUUGAAAGAGAUUAUUAAUUUAAUUACUUUAUUUUUUUUACUUUAUAUCAAAUAAAAUUAUGUCAAAAAUAAUUAUUCAAAUUAAUUGUAAUUGUGGUAACAUUGAUUACUUUAUUUUCUCUAAAUUAAAGAAAAAAAAAAAUAUCAAGUCUUUUAAUGAGUUUUAUUUAUUUUAUUGUUUAAUAAUUUUAUUUUGUUUUUAAAUAAUUAUUACGACAAUGUGUGGUUGCAUUAUCAGCUGACAAUAUUUUUACGAUUCUUUUUUGAUUAUAAUAUGUAAAUAUAUUUUAUGAGGUAUGUUUUAUUUUAUGACUGCACCACAGUAUAAAAUAAAAAAAUAAAAUAAAAUACAAUAAAUGAGGGAAUCCCCGAAGCGCUUGUGGUUCAAUUGUUCUUUUUUUUUUUGCUCAUAUACUUGGAAUGUUUAAAGAAAAAAACGACUGGCGAAUGCUUAUGAUUGAAACGAAUCCCUUCCACAUAAAAGCACCACAGUGAGAGAAUUUUUCCAUCACAAACGCUUGCCAGUCAUAACUGAGAGUUGGUGCCACUAAAACUGUCUGAAAAUUUUCUUUUUUUUUAAUAAGAAAUCAUCAAAAAGUCAUUGAAUAAUGCAAAAAUCCAGAAAAAUAGAUGACUGGAACUCUGAAUUCCUCUACAGAAUAUUUCAGUGGAACACAAAAUGGUUUGAAAAUGAAAAAAAUGUUCGACCAGAAAAUAUAACAAUCCCACAAAUUAUAGGGGAAGAUUUGGAAUUAAUUAAAACAUCAUUAUUCUAUGAAAACAUUGAAUCUUAUUAUAAAGCAAUGAAACCAUUAAUGAUAAAUGAAUUUUUUCACACUCUGUUAAAAGACACAGAAGAUGAAGAGGUAUCAGAUGAUAAAAAUACGAAAUUUGAAACUGAACCUUUGACUUUUACUGGUAGAAUUACGAGUCAUCAAGCUAAAGUUGUUGAAAAUAUACCUGGUAAAAUACUCUACGAAUUGAAAGUAGAAGGAGACGUACUUGCAGACCUUAGUGAUGAUCUACCACGUCAUGGUGAUUUGUUAUAUGUUGAUUGUGGUAGUUCAAGAAUAUUUGGAUAUCUUGAUGAUAUUGUUAAGAAAAGAUCUUCUAUGCAUGAACUUACAUGUGUUCUAACAGUAAUAACUGGCAUUAAAAAUAUCUUUCAUUAUUCAGAAAUUCGAUGUACAACUGUUAAAUCAAUUCAACAAAAUUUAAGAGUAGUACGAGCUCUUGUUGAAUUACCAGAUUCACCAUUAUUCUCAUCAAUAAUUGAGCCAAAUUUUUCUGGUUACAGUAUGUCUAAUGGAGAUGUCAGUACAAUAUUACCAUUAACAUUUGAACAAAAAUUAAAUGACAUGCAAUUAAAAAUUGUUGCUGAUGUUGUUAAAACAGUUGAUGAUCCAGAUCCAAAAAUUUCUUUAAUACAGGGACCACCUGGUACUGGUAAAUCAACAGCAAUAAUUGCUAUGAUAACAGAAUUAAUAAAAGAUAAAAAACGUAAAAAAAUUUUGUUGUGUGCACCAUCAAACAAAGCGAUUGAUGCUGUUCUUUUAAAACUAUUAGAGGCUGCAAGUGAUCUUGAAAAGAAAGGUAUUCCAUUAAAUAUUGUACGAGUUGGUAGAAUUGAAAAAAUGGAUCCAAAAGUUCACAGAGUAUCUUUAUCAAAUCUUGCGCUUCAUCAUAAAAUAAGUCAUUUAUCUGUGACGUCAAAUGUAACUCUUUGUAAUUUGGAAGAAGAUAUUCUCAAUAAUGCAGAUGUAAUUGCAUCAACAUUAACUUCAUCUUUUACAACACAAAUGGAAAAUAUUCAUGGUAAUAAAUUACAAGUACCAGUUUGUAUAAUUGAUGAAGCUGGACAAUCCGUCGAAAUUGAAAGUUUAAUUCCACUGAUACUUGGGGUGGAAAAAUUGAUUCUCGUUGGUGAUCCACAACAAUUACCACCAACAAUUAUUUCACGUGAAGCGAAAUCUUAUGGUUUGGAUUUAUCGUUAUUUUCACGUGCACAAAAAUACUUUACAAAAUUUUCUUCAGUUAAUCCAAUACAAAUGUUGAACGUCCAAUACAGAAUGAUUGAUCAAAUUUCUUCGUGGCCAAAUAAGUAUUUUUAUGGUGGUGCAAUUAAAAAUGCUGCUAAAGUUUCAUCUCUUCCAAUUUGUUCCUACAAAUUACUCAAUCAUGAGUCACCACAAAGUGUUACCUCAUUUUCAAAUCCAAAUGAAGCAAAGAUUAUCAUCAAAUUACUUGAUCUUUUAAUCAAUAAUCUUCCAAAAAACUAUGAGCAAGGAAAUUCACCAAGUAUCAGUGUAAUUACACCAUAUAAUGACCAAAGAAAAAUGAUUUUAAAUCAAAUUAAAUCAACCAUAUACUCAAAGCUGGUGUCAUCAUUAGAACAUGAGUAUAAAAAACUGGAAAAAUAUGAUGAUGAUGAUGAUAAUAAAGAUAAAUCCUUAAAUGCUGAUCAAUCAAGUUUAAGCAACCAUUUAUAUCGUGAAAAAAAAGAAAAUUUAAAAUCAAAAAGAACAGUGAAAUUAAAAAAUUAUGCAUUACUUGAAGAAAUAAUUGAAAAGAAACUCGCUAGAAGUGAAAAAUAUAUUGCUAAUGGAUAUUAUAAAGUUAUAGUUGAAAUUUCUGAUGAUGAAGAUGAUGACGAUGAUGAAGAUAAUUAUGACAACAAUUAUCCAGCAAUUACUGAUAAAUUUCGUAAGCGAGGCAAUGCAUUAAAAAAAAAACAAACAUUUUUUACAAAAGAUGAAAUUAUUGCUGUUAAAUUAAUUAUCAAUGAAAUUGAUAAGCUGAAAAAACUUAAUACUCAAUGGGAAUCAGUUCGAAUUAAUACAGUUGAUAGCUUCCAAGGUCAAGAACAGGACAUCAUCAUAAUGUCAUGUGUUCGUAGCAAUGGCAUCGGUUUUGUUUCGAAUCCAAACAGAUUAAAUGUUAGUUUGACAAGAGCAAAACAUACCAUGAUUCUGUGUGGAAAUUUUCAUACAUUCAGAAGAAAUUCCAUGUGGAGGGAUUUAUUAAAUGAUGCUGAAAAACGUCGGGUUGAUGCUGAUAUAAGUCACUAUACUUCAACUGAAGAAUUAAAGAAACUUAUUUUUUUAUAAUAAUUAUCUUUAUAUAUUUUUUUUACGAUUACUAUUAAUUGCAUUGUUUAGAAUACAAUAUUUUUCAAUUAUUUUUCUUUUAGAUUUACAAGUACAACUUAAAUGUAAAGCAUGACUCAAUGUAACUGAUAAGAAAAUUUUUAACGUCAUUAAAAUGUCAGAAAAUUAAUAACAAUAA